AUGUCCGCAGCAGACACAUCCAGCGUUACCAACGGAUUCUUUAUUGCCAUAGGCCUUCUUACGAUGCAUUUAGACGAGUCGACUUUUCAGAAGACCGGAUUAUCAGGCCAAUCAAUAAACAUCGGCCAUCAGACUGUCUGGCGUAUAUCAAUUAGCUUGGAAAGUUCACAGACUUUUUACGAGAAAGCAAACGAGCGCCUGAUGCGUGCUUGUGAAACUAUAUUGAGCCGGUCACUAAACUGGAUGGUUUGUGAGAUAAGUGGAUCAGGCCUUGCCUCGGAUACGUUAAAGAAUUUCGAUUCAAGAUUAAAGAAGCGCACCGUCCUUCCAAACAUAUCCCAAAGCAUUGUCGCGUCGCCAGAUCCUGUCUUGGCCGACAUUAAAACAUGGAGUAGUACCAAGCAACAAGAUCAUGAGCAAAAAGCUCUCGAUUUAUAUGAGUGGCUAUCGUUGGUCAGCUUGGAAAGCGCUCUAGUGAAAACUGGAAAUGUGACUGACUCCUUCCUGUCCCGCUACCAGCACAACAGUCGCGAUGCUGAUCAAGAUCAAAUCAAGGUUUGCGUAAUCAGCUGGUCUGGGCUCAUUGGAAGUACUUGGUUCCACAAUUUGGUCCGAGACGGAUUGAUGAUGCGUCGAGGGCGGAGUUGGAUAUUAAUUAAUGCAACUAGAUGUAACAGCCUCGCAACAGGUGGGAGUCUCGAGCUGAAACUACUUCGACCAUGCAUGCAGGAAGACCAGUACCUAAUGUGGCACAUCCGGAGCGCUCCUUGA